AUGAACAGCCUGGAGCUCACGCGCCACGCGGAGCGGCUGCUGCGGCGGAGGCUGCGCUGCGACAGGCCGAGCCGGGAGAGAGGUGACUGGGACCUCAUUGCCCACCGCUUCGCGGAGCUCUCCGCAGACAUCGACGUGGACCUGAGCGUCCGUCUGUUGCGGUGCCUGGCCCGCGCCAAGUUCAGCAACUCCGCGGUGCUGCAGCCCUUAGUGCGCGACCUGCCCAUUGCCGGGCAGCUGCCCUCGAGUCUCACGCACCUUGGCGGCGAAUCGCAGAGUUUGCCCUGA